AUGGCAUAUAAAGGCCCACCGAAGGUUCAGAAGGUGAUGGUACAGCCCAUCAACCUUAUCUUCAGAUAUUUGCAAAACAGAAGCAGAGUACAGAUUUGGUUGUAUGAAAACGUGAAUUUAAGAAUCGAGGGACACAUUGUGGGAUUCGAUGAAUAUAUGAACAUUGUAUUGGAUGACGCUGAGGAAGUUCACAUGAAGACUAAGAACAGGAAGCAGAUUGGAAGAAUAAUGAUGAAGGGCGACAAUAUAACGUUAAUCCAAAACGUUAACCCAAAUGCUUCUUCGUGA